AUGGAGACGGACAUGGAAACCGCGCUUCCAUCUAAUGUCCAGGAUCUUUACGAUGCUCUCGUUAUGGCAGAGCACAGCGAGGGGAUCCUACCACCCACCCUUGCUGAUGACCCAAGCAUGAAUUCCAGGAAUAUUCGUCCAUACAUGUGGCAGCAGGCGGACAAAACGGCCGAUACUCAGAGUACUAGGACAAGUACCCAGCCCUCUGACCGCUCUGUUGCUGAUAAACAUCGUCGUAUGCUGGAGCUAGUCAAGCUCUCCAACGAGUCAUUCGACCUGCAUCGCUCCGAGGCUGCCUGGAACACCAUAGUCCAUUAUCCUCUCCUCUCCGAACUCACUUCAUUCUCCUCCGAUCUCGAGGCCCUCAUUAAAACAUUCACAAAUUCCUCGCCCACAGCGACCGUCAACCAAACAGCAUACUACCCCCUCAAAACUCGGCCAGCGCCAGUAUUUAUUGAAACAAAAACGUCCGCCGGCAAUAUUGAAGCAGCAAAAGUCCAGCUAGGCGUUUGGAUAGCAGCAUGGCAUGAAAGUAUUCGGAGCAUCAUGAGACGUGGUGGCGAUGAGGAGCGAAUCAUCACUGUUCCUAUCAUCCAGGUUGUAAACGGAACUUGGAUUCUCAUGUUUGCGGUAGAUGCGCAGACUGAAAUUCAUAUUCUCGAUCGAGACUUUCGAAUCGGCAACAGCAGCACAAUUUACGGGAUGUAUCAACUCCAAGCUGCCCUCUCUGUAAUCGUAGUUUGGAUUGAGGGCGAGUUCAAGGCGUGGAUUACUCGAGUUCUUCGCAAAGCUUUGAGCUAGAUCGCGUCGGUUGCUGCCCCUGCGAUUACGCCCACGUCCAACAUUAUGCUAGGGUACAAUUCGGCGCAGAAAGGUUGCACGUACAUGCUUGGACUAGUAUCUUCUGCUGCUUCAUACUAAGAUAUUCUUGAGGAAAUAAGAAUAAAUAAUUCUUAAAAAUUUAAUAAAAACAUAAAAUACGUAAAUAAAAAAAAAGGAAAAAUCAUUUAAG